AUGAUCGCCAACAGUGCCGCCGGCGCGGAGAUCCUUCGCAAACACCCUACGUGGUUGAGGGCGUUUGGACCUGGCUCGGUGAUCCAGGAACCAUCCUGGGGUGUCGUGGCGUACCUUAUCCCCGUGAAGUCGAUGAAGCUUACUCCGGAGACGAUGGCCAACGUCGCAGCUGAACUGCUCAGGCAGAACAACUGGGGCGAAGGCGCGAGGAUCCAAUAUCUCGGAUGGCUGACGCGUCCGGGUGAACGGGCGGAGGGCUCGAUCCUGAUCGAGUUCACCAGCCCAGUCAUGGCUAAUCGCGCGAUUGUCACCGGGGUCGUGUGGGGGAAGCAAAUCCAUCAUGUCUCACGGUUCUGUCGCGAGGGGCGGGUGAAGCUUUGCAGGAAAUGCCAAAAGCCGGGGCAUAUCCAGUCACACUGUUCCAACGUCUUCAAUUGCGGCCACUGCGCUGACGGGCACCCGACCUGGGAGUGCCCGUCGACAAAGGGGCAAGCGAUACCAGUCAAGUGCGCCAACUGUGGCGAGGGGCAUCGUCCGACUAGCCGGGAGUGCCCGGUCAAAAUUGUAGCGAUGAAUGAAGCCAAACAAGCCCUGGCCGAGUGCCCUACAUAUCACCGCAUCCCUCUUCACUUCCGAACUGCAACAAGUCCUGACAAAGAGACAAACUCGACUAGCUCAAGCACCACCACGGUGGACGGGAUAGAAGAGUCGAUACAUGCCCCCGUGAGGCAACAGGAAGAAGAAAAUUCGACGCCAAGCCAGGAAACGACGACUGAUCUAGAUGCCGCACCAGCGGAAACAGAGACCGGACCAGACGAGCUCAACGAAGCCACUCAAUCCAAACGAGGCCCCGGUCGCCCGAAGGGCUCAAAGGCCAGAUCAAAGGCGCCCAAACCUCUAAUGAUACCACUCGCAUGCCAGCGAUCGACGAGGUAUCAAUUGGCCUCCCAAAGAACGAGUCAGGAAGACGCCAACUCUAAAAGGCGCCGCACGGGCGAGCCAGAAGACACCAUGGAUGAACAGCCGGAUGACAACGAUUGGUUGACAUCCAGCUCAACCCGGUUGACUUUCUCCCGAGACCAACGCCCAAGAAGACAGCCACGAAAACCGGCUUUCCCAGUUUAUUGGUGA